CAUCAAAGAUAUGCUCAUUUUGCUGGGAGGGUUGUUUUACCGUCGAUUUUUAUUCUGCUUCUUUACCCUCCCCUUGUGGAUUGGUUGCCGACACCAUGUGGUUCACGCACUCAAAAAAUUGUAAAUUGGAUUUUCUUAUAUGGUUGCUUUACCCAUCCAUCGUGAAGCUCCAGCCUUUGUGGAGCAAGCUACAGAACAACAAAUUCUUGUCACUGGUAUCAAGGUUGUCGACCUUCUGGCACCUUACCAGAGAGGAGGAAAGAUUGGUCUUUUUGGUGGUGCUGGUGUUGGGAAAGACUGUACUUAUUAUGGAACUGAUCAACAAUGUUGCAAAAGUCCAUG